AUGUCUUCGCACUACAACCUUCGAUCCCAACGUUCCGCAACGCUGAAUGCUGAACAAACGAUCCCUGGGACUCUAGUUGAGUCUCCUUUAACUGAAGUUAGCACUAACGAUGCAACCCCAACCCCGUCCCCUACCGAGAGAUCCUUCUCGCGUCUGGGUGACUCCGUUCUCAGACCCGCUCGCUCCUAUAGCGACGUGGUACAAACGAGGUCCGAUACGCCCCAGCCAGAGGCAGGAGUGCGUUCGGCUAGCGUCGAUAGCGCAAUAACUGGUCGACGUCAGUCGACCGGUGUAGUAGAAAAUUGGAAUGACGAACCUGUUAAUAACCCGUUCCCCAAGACAAAGGGUCAGAUAGAACCCGACUUAGUGAGAGAAGCAGAAAAAUAUCUCACCCAAGAAGAGAAACAACGUAUCUCUGAUAGGAGACGCCUUGAAGAAAGGGCUCGCGUAAGUGAUCAAACGUCGUCCUCACCUGACGAAGGCCCAUCUAAAGGAAAGGGUGCGGACCCCCGGAAUUGGGGCAAUGCAAACCUAGAUGGAUCCGAAGUAGACCUGGAGGCUCAGAGAGAAGCGUUAGCCACUUGGACAAGAUCCAAGGAGUGGGCACAGGAAAACCCACGGGAGCAGACAGAUUCUGAAGAGGACAGGAGGGAUCCUGUCCAGGCGGCCAUCAGGGCCACUGAGAAAAGGAUCACUGAACAAUUCGAACAUCAGAUCCAUCAGCUAAAAGAGCGGCUGAGGGAGGCCGAUAAACUCACCAGGGAUAAGACUAAGGUGCUUCCGAGCCGGUCCACCGUUCGGAAAACGAGCGAUAAGGAAAAUCGUCACCCGGUAAGAGAGAUGGUCGAGAAGGCUGCUAGUCAGCCUGCCAGGAAACAUGGAUUACGGGAGACCCCUCCCGCUAUGGAUGCAGCCGCCCAGAUAGCCCCAAAAAGUUACCUGGGCCGGGCAUUUGAGAGCAUGACCCAGAAGAAGGGGAAGGGGGCUAAACCCACCCGAGUGCAUUUCCCAGACGACUCAUCGAGUGACUCUUCCGAUUCCUCCACCACCACUCAAUCUUCAUCAAGUGAACUGUCGAGUGAGAGCGAGGACAGCUCAUCCAGUUCCUGCGAUAGAGGAAAACGUGCCUCUAAAAAACGGCAUAAGACCAAGAAACGCAAAACUAAACGAAAGACUACCCUGAAACCCAUCCCCCCAAAGGAGUACGAUGGUUCGGUCGACCCACGGGCGUUUCACCGUUUCAUAACAGAGGGAACUGCGUAUGUGGAGGACGGCAACGUACCACGGGGGAGACGAGUGUUCGUGCUAUCAUACUACCUUAAAGGAAAAGCACAUGACUUCUAUGUCCGGCAGGUGUCAGACCGGCCGGGGGAAUGGAGACUCAAGGAAUUCUUCACGGAGUUAUUCAAUUAUUGUUUCCCGCUUGACUUCCGUACGAAACAGCGUAAGAAACUGUACCGAUGCUACCAGGGCGACCAGCGAGUCCGAGAUUACCUAUCAGAACUCAACGAACUAUGGAUGAUGAUUGGGAACGUACCUGAAAGAGAGAAGGUAGUCAAAUUCUGGUUCGGCCUGAGUGCCAGUAUCCAGAAUGAGCUCUACAAGAUGCAGCUAAACCCGGAAGUGUCCUCGUUGAGCGAGGUCCAACGCAUCGCCGAGAUAAUCGAGCUGGCCGAGUCUGCCGUUUCCAACGGUCGCGGCCGUGAAGAAGGACCCAAGGCCCCUAAAAAACAGGGCAAGGAUCCUAAAGGUCACGGGCAGCCGAAAGGCGAGGCACCCCGAGGAUCCGACAAGGGGAACCAUGGCCAGAGGGACAAGCAGUCAUCAGGCUCGAGUCGCAGGGAUAGAGUACAUCGACCUGCACAGAGUAAGCGCUCAGAACGUCCUAAAGACGAAAAGAUGAGCCGCGAGGAGCACGACCGUCUUGUAUCCGAAGGACGAUGUUUUAUCUGCAAAGAGGCAGGACACAUGUCCCGUCAGUGUCCUAAACGGAUCACAGUGCCGUCGACUCACAAGGAUAAGCCACCCGGAGUGCCUAACUACGCCAUGCACAUAGAA